AUGAUUGAUCUCAUCCGCACCUCAAUUUCGACCUUUCCCAUCACCAACAACGCAGCCUCCCGCCCCGAGAUCACCACCGCCGCCGCCGCCGCCAUGCCGGUCUACUCCUUCUACAUAUUCGACCGCCACACCGAAUGUAUCUACUCCCGAUCAUGGCUCCCCCCGGACCCCUCCCGUCCCACGCCUCGCGCCACCACCUCCAGCGACGACGCCAAACUCAUCUUCGGAACCGUCUUCUCCCUCCGCAACAUGGUCCGUAAGCUCGGCGGCGACGAUGACGCCUUUAUCUCCUACCGGACGGGCCAAUACAAGCUCCACUACUACGAGACACCAGCGAAUCUGCGGUUUGUCAUGAUUACGGAUACGGGGUCUAUGAGUAUGAGGAAUGUGCUGCACCAGAUUUACAUUAACCUCUGGGUUGAAUACGUCGUCAAGAAUCCUCUUGCUCCUGUUGAGCAUAAGGGGGGUGCUGGUGUGAGGAAUGAGUUGUUUGAGUUGGGGUUGGAUCAGUUUGUUCGAAGUCUUAUGUGA